AGAAGCUUUGACACGUAUUCAACGGCAGCCAGAUUCGUGCAGCAGCGCCAUUACUCAUUAUCUGAUCCCCUGUCAGGAAAACAGCUGGAUGUGACUCUUUUUCGAGGCGGAGCUUAAACUUUGUGGACUUUGUUCUUCAUCCAGUAGUUUUUGGUUUUUUUCUAAUCUGUGAGAGCUGCAGUCGCCGGUUGUGUGGGAACUUAACUAAUAACGGGAGAGCUUUAGUGGUGCACAGUAGUGACCUCCUGCAAACAGCCAGCGUGAUGAUCCUGUUCAAGUUUAUAAAUGCGAUCAUUACCAGAGCGUUAUUUCUCCUCGUCUCUCUGGUUGGGGUCUGGAGGGUGACAUGGGAGAAAAAGGACAGCAAUUACUGGUUUCUGACUUUCCUCUUUCUGCCGCUUGUCGCUGAAAUGAUAAUUACACUGAGGAGGCGAAAGGGACAAGAUUACAAAUGGUUUUCUCCGCCAAUCUUUCUGUUUCUCAUCAGUAUCAUUCCCUCCAUCUGGAUCCUGGAGCUCCACCACCAGCAGAACUCAGUCAAAGAUCGUCAGUGCAAAAAGCUUGACUCUUGGGAAAAUGUGCGUAAAUUGGUCACUCUGAACGAGACCCUGCACAACAUGACGAACCCGAACUACCUGAAGAGUAUUGAACAAGCUCUUUCAGUUGUCUGCUCCAAUGACUGGAUCCUAGCUCUUCAUCAGAUCCUGCUCAUCCUCCUCAUCCUGGGGAAGUGGCUCCUUCCUUUGGGAGGCGGAGUCACAAGAGACGAGCUCUCUCAACUUCUCCUGAUUUUUGUUGGCACAGCGGCAGACAUCCUUGAAUUUACCAGUGAGACGCUGUCAGAUGUCAAAGAGAACAGUCCUGCUCUGGUCUACAUCAUCUUAGCUGUAUGGACCUGGAGCAUGUUGCAGUUCCCCCUACAUCUAGCUGUGGUGAACAACAACUCAGACAAUGAGGGUGAGCAGGGUGCUCAGGAGGUAUCCCUCUGCGUUAUAAACAGCACGGACAUAUGGAAUAUUGUGGAGGCCUUGUUUAUCCAGGACGGGCCUUUCCUGGUGGUCAGGCUCACCGUCAUGACCCACUACAACGUCUUCCACCAGAUGCUCGGUUUCUUCGCCAUCAAGAACCUCCUGGUUGUCAUAUUGAACUUGUACAGGUUGUUUGUUAUAUGCCAGGACUUCAGAGCUUCCAGGAGUAGCAACAGGAGCAGCAGUGCCGUCCCAUGAGAUGAGUGGGACAAGUCAGUUCAGGGGAAAAGGGGAAUCAGGGAAAAUGGUGAGAUGUCACACCCAAAGUUUGUUUACAAUAGACUGAUAAAAACUGCAGUUUUCUCACAAUGUCCUUAAACUCUGUGGAAUCAAUUAGUUGUGAAUAAUUAGCGAUGUAUAUUGCAGAAAUCUGUGAGCAACUAUUUUCUUACACUUGCAAGUUGCCAAGUCCACAUUCCACACUUGACUUCCUAAAAUCCAACCCAUGUCAAAGCUUGUACUUCCCCUCAUUGUCAUUUCAGUUCAUUUUAAGCCAACCUUGGUUAGCUCGGUUAAAAUACCAAAGAAUUUAUUCAGUCGCCUACUAAAAUCUUACUCAGCUCAAUUACAAAGUGGCCUUACUGUUCAGCUUAAAGAAUGCUGCUGGUUUGACUGAAUAACUGAUGUGACAUUACAAACAGCAGGCAGGGGACACAGAGGAAAAGACGGAAGCAGAGCAGAACAGGAAAAAGGUGUAGGGGGUCCCGGUGAAAAAUAUUCUGAUAUGAUAUACAGAUGAUGCACAUUACUAAGCAUGUCAGCACAAUACGAAACUAAUGAAAAUAUCCGAGAAGCACAAUCUCGGCCUUGUCAACACAGCGGUAGCUGAAACCAGGAUACUGUUUGGAUAGGGAUGGGAAGAGUUUCUACCCGCGUGCUGCCUGGCGUCUUGUUUAGCGGAAGUGAGGGCAGGGAGGACAGGAAGACAGGAAGUCAGAGAGAGAUAAGAGAGAGAAGUGUUGAGAGAGGCUGAGAUCGAAGAGGAGCGAUUUUCCUGUCUGAGCCCACGCGGGAAGUUAGAACAGACUGUGAAAAUAUCCUGGUGAUAGUUGGCUGUUUGAUUAAACCCCUAUAUCAACACUGGACAAGUAUUUCUUGUUGUAUUGAAGGAGAUUAUAAAUUCUGUUUUUUCUGACAUUUGAAUAUGCAAGAAAUCAAGAGGGCAAGAAGGAAAUAAUCCCUCCUCCAAAUUAUGAUUCAUGUGUUGUAUCUCUUGGAUAAAUUGCCUAUUUAAAAAAAAGGAGAAGUGUAAAAUAAGGUCAUGAAAUCAUUGUAUUUGUCAUCUCAUAUUCUAUUCUUACUGUCACUGUCAUCAGACAGACUGUAACUGACUUUUUUUAGACUUUUUGGUAUGCUAAUUGAGUAAUAUCAUGAGAAGAAACAGAGGCUGAAGACAUAAAACUGCACUCAGAUAAUCAACUCACUUUGACUUGUGUGUGUCGCACACCCUUUAAACAAAAGAGCAAAUAAGUACCCGCUCACUGCUACCAGUGUUCCCAGUUCUUGUUUAAUUCCACAUGGAACGAAAUAUUGUCACUUUUAUGUGGAUUUAAAUAAGAACUUAUAACAAUUCAGCAGUGUGUGGUGUAGACCUUUUUGUUACCCAGCAGCUACAAAAAUGUAUGGAGUCCACUGAUGAUUGCAUACCCUUUAAAACUAUGAAUUAUUGUAAGAUUUAUAACGUCAAAGAAUCAGUAUUAUGACUCCCUAGUUUAUGUGAAAAUAUUUAGUAGACAACUUAUUAAACUGCAUUUUAAAUCUUCAAGAGACAAAAAGUCAGAUUGGAGAAAUGCUACAUGUACUGUAUGUAUUUCUGUUUUGUCAUGUUACCUUUUUUUAUUUUUUUUUACCCCAUAAUGUCCUCAAAGUUGCAUUAAACCCAGACCUGUAUUUAAUGUUUUACCAUAAUCAUAUAAUAAUUGUAAUGAUAAUGUGAAUGACGCAGACCAAUCAAAAUAAUCAAUAGCAUUGCAAUGUCUUGAAAGUUUAUUGUUCUUUUUUUUUUUUUUAAAGUAUUUGCAAUAUUACUUUUUCACAAGAGGUGGUUAAAAGAGGGGUAUCAAUACUUUAUGAUUAAAUGUGCAACAUAUCCUACACAGCAGCUUUAAUUGUUCAACCUGUAUUGUCACUAAUUGUGUUGUAAUUGUGUGCGUAUUUUGUUUUAAUCUCCUCUUGUUACUGAAUUUCUGAUUUUAAUAAAAUGGCAUGAAGAGGUUGGACCUUACUAUAGCAACUACAAAAAAAAUGAAAUACAUAUACAUUGUGCUGUCGUACAAACAUAGAUGUCUGUCUCCCCACUGUGGACAUCAGAGUAUUAACACUUGAAUUGAUGACGACAUCUGGUGACAGCUCAUGAAUCAGUAGCCAGACUUUGUUGGCUCACACAGUUUUUGUGUGAAAUACUGCGUCAGAAUCUUAUUUUAUUUGAGCGUCGAGAGGCUUACAGCUGUGAAAGUAAAAUAAACCAGAGCUGCUGUCAAAGUGUCUUGACGGUUAGUCUGUUUUCUCCGUCUAUUAGGCACCAGAGAUCGUCUCUAGAUGUCACUAUCAGUAUUUUCUUCUCUCUCUCUGCUGUUCAACUUUAAAGGCAUAGUCUGUGGUUCCUGUAUAAAAAUAAUAAAGUGCCCUAACACUAAAAUCCAAAACAGAACAGGAAAUCUGCUAUCACCACAUUGAUCAACGGUUUUUAAACAAAGAGAUGAUUACAUUUUAAUGUUUUAUGAUGCCGUUGAAUGUCUGAUUACAUUUUAAUACUUGUAACACAGAAGAAGAACAGACAAACAAUAAAAAAGUGUAUUACAGAUGUUGAGCCUCUGUGAGCUGCCAGAAAAGCUUCAGUGCUGCUUGGCAAAGAGACUCGAUUGGAGGGAUGAACACUAUUCUUCCAAAAUAUAUUCCCUUAUUUCCUGUUUCGUUGUGACAGGUCACUCCAUAAUCUCACUGCUACAUGUACUGUAUAUAUUUCUGUUUUGUCAUGUGACCUUUUUUAUUUUUUAUCCCAUAAUGUCCCCAAAGUUGCAUUAAAUCCAGACGUGUAUUUGAUGUUUUACCAUAAUCAUAUAAUAAUUGUUAUGAUACUGUGAAUAAC